GCGCGUCUGGCGCACGGGGAGCCUUCCAGUCCCACCGCUCCGCGCUCUCUGGAUAACUUGCUGCUCGCGGGCUGCAUCAUGACUCUGGAAGAAGUCCGCGGACUGGACGCGGUUCCGGAAAGCACCGCCAGGAUGCAGGGCGCGGGGAAAGCGCUGCACGAGCUGUUGCUGUCGGCGCAGCGCCAGGGCUGCCUCACUGCCGGAGUCUACGAGUCAGCCAAAGUCCUGAACAUCGACCCGGACAAUGUGACUUUCUGCGUGCUGGCGGCCGACGAGGAGGACGAGGGGGACAUCGCGCUGCAGAUCCACUUCACUCUGAUCCAAGCCUUCUGCUGCGAGAACGACAUCGACAUUGUGCGCGUGGGCGACGUGCAGCGGCUGGCUGCCAUCGUGGGCGCUGGCGACGAGGCGGGAGCGCCCGGAGACCUGCACUGCAUCCUCAUUUCGAACCCCAACGAGGACGCAUGGAAAGACCCGGCCUUGGAGAAGCUCAGCCUGUUUUGCGAGGAGAGCCGCAGCGUCAACGACUGGGUGCCCAGCAUCACCCUCCCCGAGUGAAGGCCCAGGGGCAUCUUUGGUCUGAUCGACUUGUGACGCCCUGGGGCGCCCAGCGCGCGGCUGGCUCUGUGGAUGCGCCCGCGGAGGGCGCCGGAGCGCGGCGUGGAGACUGGCAGGCGGGUGGCGCGUGGAGAGCGAGCAGCAAGGAGGUGCGGCUCCCGAGGAGGGGGCCGUCAGCGUCAGGCACAGGCUGACCCCGAGUGUGGGGGAGCGGCUGCUGUCCCAGGACGGCCGGACGCGGGACGUUGGCCCGCGGGCUGGGAAGGACGGACUGGCCGGGCGAGCGUGACUCAGCAGCCGGCGCUCCCGGCAGGAAGGAGGGGAAAGUCGAAGCCAGGCGGCCUGGACUUGGGUUUCAGGAUCUCUGACGGACUUAGCAGCCUGCACUGCUGUUUCAGAGCGGAUCCGGGAGGCUUGAUUUUUCUAGAGGAUGCUGCAGUGGAAGCUUUGAAUUGCACAAUAAACUUAUUGAAGCCAACUUUUUUUUUUUUUCCUUUAUUGAGGGGGGAUACUUCUCUGUGGGGGAGGGGAGGUGGUUAGUAGGGUUUCAGACAAUUGUGGAAACUCCGUGGACCUGUUUCAUCCCACUGUCACUGAAUCUUGGGGCGCUGGAAGUUGGGGGUGGGUGCGCUGGCUCGCUGUUAGGACAGAGCUUGAAUCCUGCUUCUGUUUUUCUCCUUUUAAGAUUUUCAAACUUGCAAGACAGGAGUUUAGUUGAGAUAAGACAUGAGCGUAAUCCCAGAAGGCUGGCCCUCCAACCUGAUAACAACAGCCUCUCCCCUCCCCCUGCUCCCCUGCUCCCCGCCCCCUUCCCUCGACAGCUGCUUAUCAGAACAGCUUGCAGGAUGCAGGCAACCUUCCUGCACAAAGAGCAUUGCCCUCUGCAGGCGCUGUCCUUUGUGGUCCCUGGAGAUGGUGGCAGACUGCUCUCAGGAACCUUUUUCCUCUAAAAAAAAAAAAAAAAAAUGGUGCUUACAGCAAUGUCACCAAGGCAUUAAAACCCUGUAGGGCAUGGCUGCAUUUACGUGAGUCAUCCUGCUGUCAUGCUGUGAUAGAACUUGAAAGAUCUGAAAAGUGGGAAGGCAGCAUCUACACAAAUCCCAAUGAGCAAUUCUGAGUAGGGCCAGCAUCUGCUUUCUGCUGUUGCGUGUUCUCCACCCACAUUUGAGUUAGGGGGCUGCUGCUAUUCAGUCCCAUUUCAAGACUUACAGAGGAAAAGGCAUUUAAGUCCCUUCAGCAAAGACUUUGAGAAGGAUCUAGGGACAUUAUCCCUAAAUCUUUUUUUUAGAUUAGUAUAUCUUGAUUUCACUCUGGGCAGACAAGCUGUUUUUAGCAGGGCCUCAGUGUUCUACCUGCCUCUGUGAAGGAGGGGUGCUGUGCUUUUUUUCCAAGGAGAAAAUCCUGUGGGUUUAUCAGUUGUCUCUUCAGGCUGGUUUGUCUUGUGGGUGCCACUUUACAGUUCUCUAGACAUUGCGGGAGCAUGCGCUGGAAAAACAGGACCGUAUGAGCUUAAUUACUCUUCCUGAAAUGAAAACAUUCUGUUUCACAUCUAUCAGCUUUUAAAAACCUCCCCCCCUUGAUUAGACAAAGGUACAAUGACACAAUUCAACUGCGUUUAUGCCCAAGUUUCAUUAAUAUUUUACCUAUUUGCUGCUUAAAACCUUUUGUUUUCCUUGGUGGGGGGACUUGUGAGGUGGGACUCUGCCCCAGUGAGCAUUCUGGCAUAACCACAUUGGCUGCAGCACGCUAUAGUAAACACGAAUAGGCGUCAUCACUCUGAGUGUGCCCCUGAAGGAGUAAAUGUAGCAGAACACUGCACAAAGUGCAGGCAGACCUCCUGCUGCCAAACGGAUCCUUUUAAAAGUUUAAGUUGGCAGCGCUUAAGAAAUUUAGCUUUCUCUGAUUCAAACUUACAGAACAGGCACCUGUUGGAGCCAGGAGUGAGGGGAAUUUGCAGGGAAAAAAUGUCUGUUUACACACAGUACCAGGCCCAAAUGUGUUUUUGAGGGGAUUUUUUUUGGAUGAAUGAUGUAUUGCUGAUGCUAUACCCCAGAGAGAAGGCAGUGCAGUGCUGAGUAUGUAUAAAGUCUUGCAUUCCACAUGUGCAACAGCCCUCCGUGGUGAUGCCUGGAGGAGCGAAUCAUCACUGGCACGUUGGGGUGAUCCUCAGUGGUUUGGCAGUGUCCUGCAUGUGAAAUGUUGUUAAUGGUAACAACACCUAAAAGUUAAUAAAGGUGCUUUGCUUGUGAUCCUAGAACUUGAAAUGGAUUGGCAAGUUUGGGACCACUAAGACCUGCCUCCAUAUACAUCCUGGAGGUGCCAGCAAGCUGGCAUUGGAAGGAAAGUAACUUCCAUAGAUAACUUUUCUAAAGUAUUGCCUUUUAUCAGAGUGACAUUGGUUUAUACUAUUACAUAGCUUUUAGGUGUCCAGCGUUAUAAAUCAACAUCUGCAGAUACCACAUUAAGUUCACCACUGAAAGUCUAGCUUCCAUCCUUCAGCAUAUAAUUGGGCCCACCUCCCCAAGGUAACCUUUUAAGUUUAUAAAAGUUUUGUGUAUUUAUUGUGUCAUAAUAAAA